AUGACGCGACGGCGCGAGCUCCGGCCCGAGGACUCGUGGCGCGUCGUCGAGGGCGAAAACGACAGCUUCGACACGAGCAUCCUCCCGUCGCUGGCUGACUCUUCGUCUCCGCCUAUUUCCUCAGGUGGCAUACCCUCACAGCCGUUUUCGCAAGGAGAUAUCAGCUUCGGCUCGCAGGACAGCAUCCGCGACUUUGGCGUCGACGAGCGCGACAUUCUGAGAGAGCCGUUUCGUCCGAGUUUGUCUCGGGCCAGCGUGAGCGCAACCGGUGAUCCCGUAAUCAGAUCGCCCGAUCCCGAGUUUCAUAUGCCGCAGAUAGAUGUGGCAACCGACGCAACAGGAAGCGUCAGGAGCGAGAGAACGGUCAGGGGAUUGGGUAUAGGAUAUGCGGGCGAUCAAGGCGUGAGAAGACGGGGAAACCCCCUAACAGGAAGCCCAUCCAAGCACAGGAAUAUCCGAGAAAGACACAGAGCUGCCGAAGAAGAGUAUUACCGUUAUCGCCGUCAACAUCGGGGAACGCCUCCAGCCGUCGGGAGCCAGAUCGCGGGAUCCAUACCUCCGGCGCUGUAUAAUGUACUCCGCUGGUUCACGGGAAUCUUCGCCCUCGCCUUCCGAUAUGCCCAACGACCGCUCGCGCUUCUCCUCGCCAUCUACCUCUGCUUCGGCGGCCUUAUUAUCGCACAGAACAUGGCAACACGCUCCAUCGCGGCGUCACUCUCCCCACUGUGCCGGAUCCCCGGUCUCUCCAUGUUCGGGCUUCCGUUCUGUCCUUCCCUGGACACCAUCGUGACGCCCGAAACUGGAGCGUCGCACGUCGAGUUUGACCAACUCAUGGACGUGCAGUCCAAGUUUGAGCAGGUGCUGGAGAAGAGUGCCGACGGCGUGUCGCUCCCCUUUGAGAUGAAGCGCUCCGAAAUGGCCAUAAGAGACCUGCGCACUCUUAUUCGGCACAGCGAUGUUUCGAGACGUGAAGAGCUUGUCCUUGAGUUCGACGGUUAUAUCGACACAGCUCGUCAGUCGGCCACGGACCUGCAAAAGUUCAACACGCACGUUGGUUCAUCCGUCGACGCAAUCAUCAGUAUCAACCGUUGGACGUCUCGCUAUAUCGACACUCUGGCUCCAUCAGAGGAGUCUUCGAGCUCCCUCUCGUCCACUUCCCCCUUUGUCAGCUGGGCCUCGUGGCUCUUCCACCCUUUCCAACCCACCAGCGACCACAUGUUCAACGAGCGCAUGCUCCUUGACAAAUAUAUCGAGCACACAGCUCAAGUCUCGAACCGAAUCGCGGCGUUGAUCCUCGAAGCCCAGGCCGUCCUCCGCCUCUUCACACAGGCAGAAGACUACCUAAAUAGAAUUUACGAGAUUACAACCCUCUCGUCGAUCGACGCCGAAGAGCAGCGCGACUCCCUCCGGAGCCUCUGGAACCUCGUCGGCAUCACCACGAACGGGGCCGCCCGCGUCUCUCGCCAGAUCGCCCUCCUGCGUCAGGUCGACGACCAGCGCACAACCGCCGUCGCACAGGUGAGCGCCCUCAUCCUCGAGCUCGAGAGCAUACAGCAGGGGCUCGGCGACCUGAGGGACGCCGUCGCACAGCCCGAGCUGCUGCGUUACGGGGCCGGCGGUGUGGCGCCCCUGCCGCUCAGCGUGCACAUUGCGACCAUCGACCUCGGCGUCGAGCGCCUCGAGGAUGCCAGAAAGAGGAUCCGCGCCGCAGAGGACGACCGCGUUCGUGACGCCCUGGCCAGGGUCGGAGUGCCUGACGAACGGCUGCUUGGGGGGCAAGGAACAUGA